AUGUGGCAGAAAUGUGGGAAGAGCUUCAACUGCAGGUCCAACCUCAUCACCCACCAGCACAUCCACAGUGGGGAACAGCCCUACAAAUGCUUGGAAUGUGGGAAGAGCUUCAAGCAGAACUCUCACCUGAUCCGCCACCAUUGCAUCCACACCGGGGAACGGCCCUACAAGUGCUUGGAAUGUGGGAAGAGGUUUCCGACCAGCUCACAUCUCCUCAGCCAUGAGCAGACACACACGGAUGAGAGGCCCUUCUGCUGCAGUGACUGUGGGAAGGGCUUCAACCGGAACUCCACCCUCAUCAGGCACCGGCGCAUCCACACCGGGGAGAGGCCCUACAAGUGUGGGGAGUGUGGGAAGAGCUUCACCCGGAGCAGUAACUUGACCAGACACCAACGGACCCACCG